AUGGAAGUUGAAGUAUCGUCGGAGCUGUAAACGGUAUAUCUACGUAAGCCUAGUAUGGUGGUAUCUAGUUAUCCGAUAAGCACUAUAUGUAAAUAACAAGCUUAUCUCUCCAAAUCUUUUUCCAGCGUCGCAAAAUUUCUAAAUUUCUAGAAAAAUCAAGCACAACAUUUUCCCACCACACAACAUGCCGAAACGAAAACGGAGUCAUGAGCCUAGCCUCGAGGAGAAAUUGACACAAUGGCACAAGGAAUUAGCGCGGGGAAUGAAGACAACGAAGGGCUUCGAGCGUCAACGUCUGAGCAAGCGCAUUCGCGAAGCGCAGACCGAUUCCGAUAAGACGGCGAGGCUUGAGAGGGAGGUUGCUGUAUUAAAGAGUCUCGAUCUCCAGCAAGCCGCACAUGCGCAUCUUUGCUCGUCGCUCCUAAAAAUUAAAGGCAUCGCCGAGUCCCCCCGCCUACCCUCCGAUAUCGUACGGCCGAUUCCGAAACCCGAGGGCUUGUCUGAGGAAGAGAAGGCUGCGUUGCAUAAUGUUACGAGUGCGUUAUGCAAUCGAAAACAGAUCCGCGAUGUUGUUGAGGAGGCUAUUAUGGGUACUUGCAUUGCGCUGAGGGUGCCUAUGCCGGAGAAGAUGAAGAAGGGAGGCAAGGGGAAGAAAGAGAAGAAGGAUAGUAGGGCGGAGAAGGAAGAACAGGCUGAUGAUAGGGACUCCGGCGCGACGAUACGUAAAGCUGGUAAAAAGGACGUGGAAGAGGAAGAGGAAGAGGAAGAGGAAGACGAUGGGGAGCAAUCUGAUUUAGACCAAGAGCCGGAACUGGUGCUGCUUAAAAGGAAACGAGAGACAAUAGCGGAUGAAGACCAAGAUCUCGAGAGCGACGAAAAUGAGGAAGAUGGCCCUUCGGAUGGACAGGAAUUUGAGGGCUUCUCGGAUAGUGAUGCCGAGGAACGAGCAUGGUCGCGAUACGACAUCUUCGUGGCGGGCUCCUCGAGCGAUGAGGACGAAUCGGACGAAGAUGGGGCGAGCGAAGAUGAACUUGCUGUUGAUAGUAAGGCGCGGUCACUUCGAAGAGCACCAACCGCCGAUGAUAUAUCUAUCUCAUCCGCCGAAUCAUCCGAGCCAGAAGAAGAGGAUUUAGAUAUUUCGGAGAGCGACGGUUCGGACUCCGAAUCUGCAUCAAUCCCACCUUCUAAGAAAGCAAAAACCACGAAAACUGCGAAAAACGGUCCUGUAUCAGCUGGUAACUCAGCCUUUCUACCUACAUUAAUGGGUGGUUAUAUUUCCGGCUCCGAAUCCGAGGCGUCUGAUCUUGAUCUCGAACCCGCGCGGAAGAACCGACGAGGCCAGCGAGCACGACAAGCUAUCUGGGAGAAGAAAUACAAAGAAAAAGCCAAACAUCUUCAAAAUCAGCAAAAUGCAAAGGGGAGGGAUCAGGGUUGGGAUAUGCGACGGGGCGCUGUUGGUGACGACGAUGGAUCUAAUAAGCCUUGGAAGAAGGGCAUUCAUAAUCCCUUUGACAAUAAGCAUAUACACCCCGAGCGUCAGCAACAUUUGCAGGGAAGAGACCGGGAGAGAAAUUACAACUCGCAGGUGAGGGAAGAGAAGCCAAAGCCCAAAGCCCCUCCUAAAAGAGAUGAUACAGGCCCUCUACAUCCUAGUUGGGCCGCAGCUAAGAAAGCUAAGGAGGAAGGUCAAAAAGUAGCAUUUCAAGGGCGCAAGGUUGUAUUUGACUAAGUUUUAGAUACCACAUCAAUAAGUCACGAAAAUCAUUAGUUGAGGAAGUAAAACGCAUUAUGGAAAAUCAUGAGUGGUGAUCAUUCUUGCACUGCUUUGGUGUGUGCUAUCGGUAUCUAGCUGUGUAACUGAGGCUUUCCCUAAUCCGGGCUCAUUGAAAUCAGCGCAUAAAUCUUCAUAUUCAUUCCAACAGACAAAUCCCUAUCCUAGCAAUAUGUGAGCAAGCCCUUAUGUAUUGAUUUUUGGUGACCUAGGAGGUAUUGGUGAUAUUGAAACGACAAUGAAAUUGCAUCGAUUAAGUAAACCGAAGAGUAUGGUUGAAGUUUCGGCAUAGUAAGUCAAAUUUGUAUCGGGGAGGAUGCUUAUCCCAAGCAAAGUUAUUGAGGUGCACCUAGACUACUAGGUGGAUAGGAAAUUAACGUGGGUAUGUGUGAGCGCAAUGAGGAUUGUAACCUAGGCUUUCGGGUAUGUUGCCUGAUAGUAGAUUUUGAAUGUAUUUUUCAGCUUGAAAUACGAUGGUGUCUCUGUUGGUAGGAGAUAUGAGC